AACUGGAUCCCCAAACUAAGACAACAGCCUCAGCCCUGACUCAGAGGGGACUAAUACUCUGAGGAUGGAUGUAGAUGGAGGAACGGCAGUCUCCAGAGAUGCUUAAAACAAUCCAGAACUUGUUUAUUAUUAGUUGAGAAGUUUUUAUUUCCCCAUAGUGAUGGAAGAAGACCCAAACUGGAAAAUGGAAUAUAAACUGGAGUUAAUGGUGCUUCUUGUGCUGCUGAUCACAGCUUCAUCUGUCGGCCUGAGGAGAGAAGAAUUUACUGAAGCAGUGGCAUAUUUAAGGAAGUACGGCUAUCUGCACAUCCCACUGGACAGUAAAGGCCAAAACCAUCCAGCUGAGGAGAUAGUGGAAGCACUUAGAAUCUUUCAGAAAACAACGAACCUUCAAAUAUCAGGAAAACUAGAUUCAGCCACUCUGGCGAUGAUGAACAGACCUCGGUGUGGACUGGAAGACUCUUUCAAUAACAAAUCUCUCAAAUAUAGAGUCAUGGGCCACUGGCGUAAGAAGAUGCUGACCUACAGGAUCUACAAUUACACCCCUGACUUGGGUCAGAGUAAGACCCGUUUGGCCAUCCAGAGUGCUUUUAAGUACUGGAGCGAUGUGUCACCUUUAAAGUUCAAGGAGCUGCAGCGAGGAAGAGCAGACAUCAGGAUCUCCUUUCACAGAAAAGACAAGUCGUGUCCAGUUCCCUUUGAUGGACGAGGUCAUGUUUUGGCCCACGCUGAUGCCCCUGAGUCAGGCAUUGUGCAUUUUGACGAAGAUGAAGUGUGGACAGAAGGAAAGAACUCCGGCUCCAACCUGAGGAUCGUUGCAGCCCACGAGAUAGGCCACGCUCUCGGCCUGGGACACUCACAACACUACAGCGCACUGAUGGGACCUGUUUACAACGGAUACCGCUCAGACUUCAAGCUACAUCCGGAUGACAUACGAGGGAUCCAGGCUUUAUAUGGAAAGCCGGGGAAGACUCCUCCGCCCAGAAAGCCAAGUCACAUUGUACCAGGAGGUAUUCCAAAUCCUUGCAAGGCCACUCUGGAUGCAGUGAUGCUGGGUCCUCUGCGGAAGACAUAUGUCUUCAGUGGUCAGUACGUGUGGACGAUGUCCAGCUCUGGCUACAACACUCCCGUCCUGAUCUCUGCACUGUGGAAGGAGCUGCCAGGGAGCCUCAAUGCAGCUGUUCACUCUCAGCGGACCAGCAAAUCUUAUUUUCUGAAAGAUGACAAAGUAUGGAGAUACUCAAGCUUCAAACUUGACCACGGAUUCCCUAAACGCCUGGCCAACAUCCCUGCUAAUAUUGAUUCAGCCUUCUACUUCAAUAAGAACAAAAAAAUUAUCUUUUUCAAAGGCUCUGGAUACUGGCAGUGGGAUGAAAUUGGCUUGACAGACUUCAGCUCAUAUCCCAAACCUAUUGGACAGCUCUUCCAUGGGGCUCCCAGUAACACUGAUGCUGCGUUCACAUGGACAAACGGCCACAUAUACUUGUUUAAAGGCACUCAGUACUGGCGUGUAAACCAGCACCACCGAGCAGUGGAGAAGGCCUACCCUCUGAGCAUCGCCGCACGCUGGAUGCAGUGUGACGACUGAGCCACAAGAGGCCCCGGGGAUUCAACACAAAUGUUACCCUGUAGAAUGAUUCAGUAUAAAAACAGAGAGAUGCUUAUUUAUUUGAAGGAAUUAGAGUAUUAUUAUUUUUUGGAGACACAGGCUGCAUGAA